AUGGCCGAUCCUCUCAGUAUCGCGGCCUCAAUAGCCGGGCUGCUGUCUGCCACGGGCCAAAUCGCCAAGUUUCUGGCCCCAUAUGUCUCUGCCGCCAAGGAGACGCCUCAGAUCACGGCCCAUGUGUAUUCAGAGGUUCAGAGCACUCAGGUGAUUCUAGCUGGGCUCCAGAACCUGACACAGAACCUCGGCGCUGUUCAGGCGCGUCACGCUUCUUUUAUCGCAGUACACCAAGUCGUCACCAUACUCACAGAUGGGGUUCUUUUAUUUUCAGAGCUCGAGGCUGUUGUUCGGACGCUGCCACCUCGUGAGGGAAGUGAUCAGCGUUUGCCGCUCCGGGCUCGGCUGCUAUGGGCGCGCAAAGAGAGCACAUUCACCCCGAUUCUCACCAGAGUUCAAAGCUUCAAAAGUUCCAUAUCAUUGAUACUCAUGAUCUUGCAGAGUGAUUCCGAUCGGAUGGCGACUCAGCAUCAGGAGCAACUCUCCGUUAACAUCAAUGCUCUCCUUGAAAGCAAUCAUGCACUUUCCCGACGACUCAUGAACUUGGAAGAUGCUCUAGACGUGCAGACAAUUGUCUCAAAGCGGAUGAGCCUCAUGUCUGUCUCAGGCACUGGACCACAGUCUAGCAACUCUGUCGAAACACAGAGCAAUCUCACCGACACAUCAACACAACCCACGAGCCAAGGAUCUGAUCUGGACUUGUCCAAGUUUGACUUUGAGGAUGAUCUCGAAUCAUCGCGCGUCUAUCGCCGAGCGCAACGAGACACAAUGGACUUUUCGUUUCGCAGUUCAAUCGCACCAUCCAACAUCUGGUCCGUCUUCUCUAGUCUCAGCCUAGGCGACAUCUCCAUUAUGUCCGUCAUUGCACUUCCAGUGUAUCAGGAAGAUAUCACCAACGCCGAGAACUACGACUUUGGCGCUGGCGCCCAGGUUCCAACUGCCAUGCCACAAGCCAAGAAGACAGAGCGAGGCCUCCUACACGAGUGCAUCGAAAUCAAGUUAAAAAUGCUUCAGCUCCCCGAAAUGAACCAGUAUUUCGGACAAAUUCUCAGUCCCGAUACCGUGUUUCAUCAGCUCCGGGCCUUUCUCGAAUACUGCCGCAAUGAUUUGAAAAUGUGUGUGGACAAUCUCUUUGCAAUGUCCGAACUGACGAGAACCGAUAAUUACGGGUUUUCAAAGGUCAUCACUAUUGUAUCGUUCAUCAUUGAAGAGCUUACAGCCAGUGGUGUUUUGAGUCCUGUUGAUGCCCAGCUGGAGGAUCUUAACCCAAUCAGACUCAAUGGCGAUCCAACUGAGGAGCAGGCGCGCCUCUUACUCGAAGAAUUCCUAGCCGAUCAGAAUGUUUUCGUCCGUCAGCUGCAAGAGCUUGUAGAGAUUCAAACCUCUGUAGAGGUCGAUGGCACGCUGUCUCGGAACGACAUGAUCGAAAUCUUUGGAAAUUCUCGACAACUGGCCAGUAUGCACAUAGGCUUACUGGUCAUGAUGGAGCAGAACUUGUUUCUACCUUUUCGCAAGCAAAGGUGGACAGCGGUGUUCCAUUGCUAUGUCUUCGGUAUAUCCGAGGAGAGCGAAUUUAUUGCGAAUGAACAGAAAGCGAGGGCCAAGAUCAGAUCAUGCAUUGGCCAAGAGAACAAUUCUGCCGGGAACCCGCUGAGCAUGACGCUGACAAGAUGUUUGAGAAUAUUACCACUUCCAGCUCAACGUCUCUCUAAAUACAGUUCAUUUCUCAAGGUGAGUGAACAGAUAGAGAGCAUGUCGAUCUCCCCAGAGCCUGACCUGAAGUUGGCACGAGCAAAACUUAGACAAGCAAUGAACAUUGUCAACGAUAGGGUCAGAUCUGAAGAAACCAGUGAGGCGUUUACAGAACUAAAAUAUUGUGUUGAGGACUGGAAAAACCUCAACCCUACCCGAUUCGGCACGUUGCUAUUGUAUGGCUCUGUAAUCAUUACGAAUGAUAAAAUCAGAGGAUCUGUAAGUUAUCUCUCGACACGCGGUCACCUUCGAGUGCUGACUGUAGUAGUACCGUGCAUACCUCUUCAGGAACAUCCUCCUGAUAUGCAAGGAGCUGGACCUCCAACAAAAACAGAGAAGCUUUCAGUUCUGGAGAAGCAGACGGCUGCACAACGACAAGCAGACAAAACUGCUUCUCAAAGGCCGUAUAUUUAUCAACAAUAUCGAAUCCGUCAUAAUCCGCCCAAACCCCGGUAUGCCCCAUCCCCGCCACCCAGAGGAGCUUUUACUGACUUAUUUAGGGUCUUACACAUGUGA